GUGAACAGCUGCGCAUCUUCUCCCUUGAGUGAGCGCGAAGUCUCUCCGCCACCUGGCUUUGAGUUGCCAACGACAGCCCCAGGCCUUCUUCCUGCUGUGUCUCGGGAGCGACCCACGUAUUAUGGCGAACAAUGCUCAAGUGGCAAUCCUAAUGCCGAACUACCUCCAUCCACGGCCUUCAUCAGACGCAAUCUGCGCACUCGUAAGGCCAUCCAGCUCGCUCCGUACCAGUUUGACAAAGCUCAGUACCACCAACAAUGGAAAGCGCGAGGGUUGAGGCCAAUUCGGUUGAUGGAGCAAGAGUCAGCGCAGGAAGAAGCUGACUCGCAGUUUCAGACUGGCAGCAGCCAGAUCGCCUAUCCAAGCUCCGCGGCAUCAAGCUCUGUGGGCUCGAAGCUACUACGUCCACAAGAGGCGAGCCACGAAGGGCUCGAUUACUUCGACAUGGGCAAUUCCUCUGAUGAAGUAGCUCAAACGCACCGCUUGCCAAAGCGGAAGAAGUUGGGGAACGUGUCGAGCAAAGACCGAAAUAGUGUCAACGACUCGCGGCCCCCGCCUCAACCUAGGAAUGCUUGGUCUCAGAUUGAUGAGUUCUCGAUCCCACCCUCACCGCCUCGUACGUCUAGCGACCUGAGCAAUGUGGAUGAUUCGGAAACGUUGUUCAGGCAGACAGCAACAGGCUUCCGAAUACCAUUGGGUCUUACGCCAGUACCAUUGCCAACACCACAAGUCUCGUCUGACGUAAAACGCAACAUAGACGAUGCUUCAGCGUCAGACUCGCCGCCCAGGAGAUCACGUAUGUCAGCAGGACGACGCCCAGUUCGCACCCAGUCUGCUAUCUCGAUUCCCUCCAGCUCUGAGAGUGAGUCUGAUCAGCAAUCUGAACUCGAAGUGAGGCGUCUACAGCACGAACGGAAGCGCAUCAGAGGGGUGCUACCAGCAUCGUGGCUCAAGAUAGAUCUGCAGGCGCAGCAGGCCAAAAGUGCACCCGCUGUAUCGAGAGGUCGUCGACUCAGCACCGCUUCCCCAGCAAAGGCAGAAGCCCAGAAAGGCGUAGCCCGCAAGAUUGGCAGAGCUACGCAGAGAAGUCAGUCUCCAAUCCUACCAGAGCUGCCGGGUGACACGUCAGAUUCAGAUGAUUCUGCAAUGUCCCCGAAAGUGUCCCGUGCGCAACCGAGACUCGAGUUACGGCCUGACCGUUUGUCUAUAGCGCCAGACUUGACUGUAGACGAUGACCUCAUGGAGAACGACUUCAUCGAUCCUAUGCUGGCGGGACGUGUGCGCCAGAGUAAACCAAAGAGCCUGGGUAUACAUCAGCCUCGGAUCACUGAGUCGUUUCGCAGCACUUCAAAUUUCAAUCAUGAUUUCACGGAAGAGCGGUGCGCCACAAUAUCUUCAAGCACAGUCGGGCGGCAGAAACGUGUCUCCAAAACGAAAGGUGCCAGGAGGCAACGACGCAGACCUGCAGUCCAUCUCAGCAUCGCCGAUGUGACCACUUCGCAGCGUGCGGAAAUGAAACAGCUACCUCAAUUCAUCAAGCUGGCGGUGCGUCAAACAAGGCACGAAUCUGAUCGAGGACGACAUUCGCCGACGAACAAACUCAUUCGCUUAGCGACUGCCCACGACACUGAGGAGGCGUCUUCAGUACUACGCGCUUGGCGAGAGGGAACAAUCGCUCCACGUAGCGACGACCAUGGCUGGAUCAGCGAGGAUGAUAUUCACCUACCGCUCAAUAACGACACUGGCCAUUCGCCGGAUAAUGAGCCUCUACGUGAGCAAGUACAACAAGCUUUCUCUGCCUCGACUGUGCGGAAGAGGCCCUAUCUCAAUCAGCACUCGAGCAAAAGAAGGAGGAUGCAACAGACCAGACUUCAUCCAACUGUCUUGAGCGCUGGGUCCCACGAACCCAUGACCCACGAAACAAGGAAAACUCCAUCAGCGCCAAUAGUCGCGAGGGCAUCUCGACAGGUUCCACGACCUCAGCGUCUCCGCGAAGCGCAGCUGGAGACUCUAGAGCGUGAUUUUGACGCAAGCCAUCGCGAGGCGGUGUUCGAGCGUCGAAUGCAAUGCAUGACUGAGAGCAUUGCUCGAUCAUCUCGGCGGUCAGGGACAGCUGGAUUCCAGCUGGACAGAUUCUUACGUGCGGACAGCACUGCUCUUCCUGAGAUACAACCUACUCGUCAGCGGCAAGCUGGUGACAGGCAGGAAACCGACGGCGAAAGUCGUCCUACGGUCACUCUAGCACAUCGACCACGCAAGGCAACGGCUCGGAGACUAGAUGUUGAAGCACGCGAAUAUCGACAACCCAGCGAGCCCCUACCUCAAGAUAUCGAUGAGCCUGAGGUCAUUGAAGCAAGCGCAGCCGUUGACGUUUCUAUACCUGUAUUGCAUGGUUUGAGGCCUUUUGGCACCAGGUAUUCUAUUGACUUUGACAUGCAGCCUCUGGACCAUGGUAUCUUCUUUCACCACAGCACAUUCAUUGGCAGUGGCGACUUCCACGAUGCGCUCAACAUACCAGAUCGAGACUUGGAUCGUGGACUGGGUCAUGUCCGCGUCCAGAUCGAAGAACAGGCGUUCGAAUGGGAUGCUUGGAAUGAGGACGUGGCAGCGCAAGUCAAUCGCAUACCAGGGUUGAUCUCCAAUGCACUGCAGACGCUGGACAGCCCCGAGGAAGACAUCGACCCAACAGUUCGUCUCAGCACCGUGGAAGGAAAUAUCAACUACCUGCUUCGCUCUGUUAUACGAUACCUUUCGAAAUGUGUCUGGUUCAUAGAUCCAGUGGACCGGAAAUCAUGUGUCGAAACUCUCAACGCCCUGGUCACAACCCUACUGGAGAUUGGGACAGAGUCGUGGACAAGCAAGAGAUCUCUGCUGGGGGUGGUAAUUCGCGUGCUCCAGUAUCAAGUCGUGAUUGCCAAGCAGGCUGUCGUCCUGUGCGAUCACUCGGCUGUGCCAUUUGGUUUGAAGAGCAGCACGGAAAAACUGCUCCUGCGUGCUUCAAGGAGUCUCGCCAAGCGUGGCAUCGGCAGGAGAUUCGCCGAGCUACGCUCCUUUUAUGAAGACAAUCGCAGGGCUGCUGACAGGGAAUCUGGCAUUCUCGACGAGACUGUGCCUUGGGUCAGCCUGGUCAUUCUCCGAAACACCUUGGUUGACUCACGAGCUAAAUCAACGCUCUUCUGGCACGCCAUCUCGGAAGCUCUUCAGGGCAAUCUUACAGAUGUCUGCGAUGUCAGAACGUUCGAGGUGCUUUCGCAGAAUAUCUUGACCAUCCUUCCAGCUCUGGAAGUGGACUCUACUGGAAUCGUAAAGACCGGAUCCAGGUUUACGACCCAACUCGAUGAUUGGAGCCUGGUCAAAGCAAUUGUGUCAAGAGUGCUCGGAAUUUACGACUCUUCUAGCCAGAUAAGAGGCUACUCAGUCAAUGAAUACGUGCGGGCAUUGCUGGCCAGGUGCCAUUGCCUCGUCAACAAAUGGGGUUGGUGGCGAUGCGAAUCUCUUCUGAACACUGCCUUCGACUUCUUUGCUCGAAGAAGCUUCAACCUGUUGCAAAAGGAGGAGGUUCGCGGGUCACCAAAGUUCCUCGAGGAGCUUCAUUCCUCUGACGUCCCUCUGGAUGUUGCGCCAGAAGACUGCUCCUUCCACAUCUUCCUGAAGAUGCUCUCCACUGGCCUCCGGGGCAUGCAAAAGUACAACGUGUAUGCAGAUCGAAAGAUCCUCAGCAUCAUCUGGCGCUUCAUCCCAAAUCACAAUCGCAUGUACAGAAAAGACACAGAUCUGCACAAGAAAGACUUGGAUGCAUUGCGGAACCAACAUGACCUGUUCAGCGUUCUCUAUUACGCUUCACCUACCAAGGGCCGCAUAGGCGUCGACCUAGUACUUGGCCUUGUUGAUCAUGCGACCUCCCAUCGUGAAGCGUGCCGGCUCAGCGUCCGCGCUUGGUCCAAUAUUGCUUGCUAUCAAGCCUCAUCUCUGGAGCCUGUGGAGGCUCUCGAAGAGCUCACGAGAUGGUUCUCAAGCACAAUCAAGACGACAUUCGCCCAAUAUCGACUGGCAAAGGUGGAGGCUGAGCAAGACUUCCAACGAGCAAGGCAGGAGAUUGAGGGUUCUACUGAAGCUUCAGUGGAUCAUACAAUGCUGGAGACCACGAUCGCGAGUAAUCAGCGUCAAAUCGCUGCGAUCAUCAUCGACGCCCUUGCUGGUCUGAAGCGUGCAAUCCGAUGUGCGAGCGAUCUUACCAAGGCACGAGCUCUGGUUGACCAGACACAUUUCGUGCUCAUAUUCGAUCUCUUCGACCCAUCACAACGACGACUACUCAGCGCAAUGCAAGAAACACUUCUGGUUUGCGACGCUGCCUUGGACAUGCAGCAACGGUUCGAGCCAGCUCCUGGGAGUGCACAAACAACCAACGACGAUAGUCAGGACUUUGGAGAUAUCAGCGCGAUUGAAGCAUUUGCCGCAGACGAGAAUUCUCCUACAUCUCCAGUUCGGGGAAUGAUUGCAGACGCCUUGCUCACGCCUCUGGGACAAUUUUUAUCCAACGUGUUUGGCGCUGAUGUCGCGCCGGAAGACUCUCUUCUUCAGCAAGUCAUCGAUGUAUGGACUCGCCUUGCCAACGUUACAGUGUGUAGCUCCUCCGCAAAGAGGUGGUCCACUUACGUCGACGACUAUGGCGCAACUGCUUGGAACCAACUCCGGGAUACAACACAGAAGCGCAAGUUCACCCCUUACUUCAUGUCGCAGAUUCUUGUGCACUCCAAUGGACAUGAAGACGUCAAAGAAGCCGCAUUCGUGGCAUGGCUCCUAUCGCUGGUUGACAGAGAGGCUACACUCAAGUUUCAGCAUUGUCUGACAUCUGCGCUUCUCAACUUUUGCGGCGAUGAUCCGUUGCUGAGCAACUUGCCUUUCACAAGAGAACGAAGCUCUGAUCGAUACGAUAUCACAUUGACUGACCUUCGUCAGAGGAGACUUGGGUUGCUCUCUUCAGUUCUACACAACAUGCGAACGCAUCAUGAUGAGGUCAGUUGCGAAAGUACAAGCAGAGGACACGAGCUGAGGAGUCGAUAUGCUGGAAUGCUUCGCCAGUUGAUGCAGGCGAUGAAGGCCAACUAUCAAGAUCUUCAGAAUGGCCGUAAUGACUCAGUGGCAAACGCAAGCCUACAAGGCGGCUAUGUGGAUUUUGUUCAGAAUGUUGUCUCCUUUUUGCAACAAUACGCGCUCGGAAUCUGCCAAGUCGAUCGCUUCUUCACCGACUCCAGUGCAUUCCCGCUGCCUGCCACGGAUCCAACAUAUGUCGUCGGUAGACUCAGGAGCUACAUACCAAAGCUUGCGGAGGCUAGUGGGCGGACACAGCUCGCAAUGUUCAUUCAGACUGUGUCUGAAAGAGCGGCGACGGACAAUCAACAGCCGUACCUGGUGAAUCAGAUGGCAGCUGCAAUGGGCGAUGUUGAGGAGCUAGGAGACGAGGACAGACCGACUCUUCGUUCAGUCUUGCUGACUUCUAUUUUCCCGGCAUACGUGGCAAAGGCCAUUUCAAGUUCUUGCUUCUGGAUACCAGCCACGCCGAUUCUGGAAGCAUGUGGACGGGUCAUUGGCAAUAUAUUCUACAACUUCCAAAUCGAAGACGAUAAGGCUGUCUUGGCUGUUGUUGAAAGUAUCGCAAGCAUCCUGCAUAGCAUAUGCUUGCAGUGCGAUCACGUCCUGCUCAAAGCAGACCUCCUGAGGCUGCCUCGAGUUCUCAGAAUGCUGGGAGUCAUGGUUGGCGUCGGGAACUCAUGCCUCACGAUCACCUCCUACAUUCAGCGAGCGACGUCGCUUGGAGGUGAGCUAUCGAGGCGAGUGCAAGCACUACAACAGCAAGCUGUCACCAUCGCAGCUCAUCUCCAGCACCGUUCAGAUGGCGCGUUCUACCAGAAUCCAGAGAUUGGAUCAGCGCCACUAUGUCCUUGGCCAGACACCCAAGCUGUAGCAGAAAAGCAGGUGCGAGAGUCUGUGAAUACCAAGUGGCACGCCAUAGACGAGCGAUAUUUCGUCCAGAGGGGUAGCAGCAUGAAAGAGGUGGUGGUCGAGCUAGGCGAUAGCAAGGAUGAGGAGGCCGCGCUGCUGCAAGUCAUUGCUAGCUUCUGCAGGGCGUUUGAAGCCACGAUU